UAUACUUUCGGUACUCAUUCCACGCGUGCGAGGUGAGAGAAGAACGCGUUCGUAACACAUAAUCUUGUCGAAGCUCAAAGAGCUUGAAGAAAUUAAAUCUGGAAAUGGCAGAAUGUGUUGUUGUGAAAUUUUCUAGUGAUUCUGUUAGAGUUGGGACUGAUGACUUAAGUAAUAACGUAUGUGACGAAGGUCAUAGUCAAGUAGCAGGAUCGGUAUUUGGCUUAUAUCACAUAAUUUGCCUCUUGAUCUCAAUAACAACGUUCAUCCUAGAUAUUGGUUUUGAUUCAUGGUUGGCAUACAUCUACUACUGCCAAGGACAAGGCUCGUAUUUCGCUCUGACGGUGACAUUUCUGAUUUUUCCUGCACUUAUUACAACGGCAUUCAGCCUGAGAUGGUAUAUAAUAGAUGGUGAUGAGCCUACUCUUUCAAAACCUCCACUUUGGAAGUGGGUGCUACGAAUCAUCAUGUUAUUGCUUCAGUUGGCACCAAUACUCAGGUAUUGCGAUGCACUGGCCUGUGGUGUACACAGCAUUACUGCUGGGAAGGCAGGAAAUAAGUUACGACAACAGAAAAUGUACAGAAAGAUGUUAGAUGAAGAUUCAGAUGCAGCAUUACUCAGACUGUUUCAUUGCUUCCUGCAUGCUGCACCUCAGGCAAUCUUACAACUUAUGAUCCUCAUCUUCCAUCAGUCACAUGCAAGCUCUGUUCAAGCAAUUCAAGCAAGGGCAGUGAUAUGUUCGCUAGUAUCAGUGGCAUGGUCACUUACAUCUUAUCAUCGUUCAGUGAGAAAUGCUCGAGACGACAAGGAAAAGUUAGAGUGGCAAGGAGCUGUCAUGCAGUUUUGCUGGCAUCUUAUGAGCACAGUGUCAAGAGUGUUGGCCCUCAGCUUGCUAGCAUCAUUGUUCCCAGCAUGGAUGGGCACAGUUUGUUUAUGCCAUUGGUGUGUCAUGUCAGCAUGGCUUGCUGUGGGACACCAACACACUGCAGUUUGUGCUACUCGAUGUGAAGAAUUAUUAUUCAGCCUCGUGCUUGGCCUGGCCUACAUAUUGGCAUUCAUUGCUCCUCGAGAUGGACCUACUAGAUAUUCGUAUUUGGCCUAUUAUCUGGUGUUCUUCAUGGAAAACACUGGCGCUCUUGUUGUCUGGUGUGUAGCAAGCAGUUCAGCACAGAAUCCAGUGCUGUACUAUGGUGCUGUAGUGGCUCAAGUAGUUGCCUUUCUUCUUGCUCUGACAUUUAUGCUGCUGUAUUAUCGGUACUUCCAUCCUAGUGGAACGUCAACUACUCUUAGCAAAAGCAUCUCCAUAACAGAUCCGAACAUGGAUCUAGGAAAGCCAGAUUCCUUUUUGAUACUCCAAGGCAAUUGCAUAUAACAUGACUGGCAUUGCUUUGUAACUGAUUUUGCAGUGUUCCCAAAUUGAUACAUUUUAAUGGUUUAUAUGGUGUAAUAUAAAAAACAAAUUAUUUUGUGGCUGUGCCUUUCUGCUACAUGCGAUCACAGUGUUUUAUCCUGAGGGACUGGCCAGUCCUACAGGUUUUAUUUCCUGAGUGGCUUGGAAAUGAUGUUAAUUGAGGGUAAGCCUGGGUACACAAGCUUAUAGGUUGAUGCCUGCUCGAACACACAAGAUAUACAGAUCUGAUUUUAUUGAAUAUGGAUGUUGAAUAAGAUGUUUAAAAAUUUAAUGGCAUUGAAUACUGAGAAAGCAGUUUUCCUGCUCUUGUAGAGUUACGUAAAUGUCCAUUGUACUCCAUUGCCAUGCUCUGUGAUGUCAGUGAUGGCUUUUUUUUAUGCAGUUUGAUGUAACAAGUCAGUGAAUUUUGUUUCUAGAUUCUUUCAUCCAUUUCAACCCUUUCUCUGUCAGAGUCCACCAUCACCAAACCUUGGCCAUUCUCACCCUUACCCUGUGAAGAUGCAAGUGAAAACUUAGCCAAUUUGACCCUUGCCAUUGCUGCUUGUUUGAACUCUUGACAAAAUAACAUUCCAUAAGUAAAUUGGUUGGUAGCUGCCUGUCUUGUUUCAACAGUGUGAUGAUGAAACAUUCUUGCAAGUAUUGGUAUUUCUUGAAACAAAGUUUAAUGCAGUGUCUCAAAGAAUAUUUCUUUACGGAAAAACUACA